AUGUCUGCAGAAAAGACUGCAGCUCUCAUCAAACCUUUACAACGUUUAGUUGUACCUAAUAGUAGUGGUAGGAAACAUACAGCAACGGUAAUAUUCUUACAUGGAUCUGGGGAUACUGCUGUAGGUGUGCGUCAUUGGUUAAAUGUCUUGGUCAAGGGCGUCUUUCGAUUUCCUCAUAUACGAAUAGUAUAUCCACAUGCACCUCAACAACCAUAUACACCUUUAAAUGGCCAACUCAGCAAUGUCUGGUUCGAUCGUCGUAGCAUCGAUGCCAAUACCACUGAAAUGUUAAAUUCUGUGGAUGUCAUGAAGGAUAGAAUUCAUCAACUGAUUGAAGAUGAAGUGCGCCAGGGUAUUCCCUAUCACAGGAUUAUCAUUGGUGGUUUUUCGAUGGGAGGUGCUAUGGCUUUGCAUGCUGGAUAUCGCUAUAGUAGAAGCUUAGGUGGUAUUUUUGCCUUAUCCUCCUUUGUUCCAAAAGAUUCGGCUGUAUUUAAGGAAUUGCACAGUUAUAAAAGAUCACCUCCGUCCGCUAUCGUUAUGUCUGGCGAUAAUGACGAAUUGGUCAAGUUUGAAUGGGGCGUAGCUGUUGCUAACACUUUAAAAUCUUUAGGUAUAGAUUGUCAGUUUCAGAUGUUUGAAGGUUUGCAACAUGAUAUGUCAAUUGAAGAAAUUAACAUCUUAAAAGAAUGGAUUAUACAAAAGUUACCGGAGUAG